GGUUCCGGGGCGCGCGCGUACAGAUGAAGUUCGCGCUGGCGCGCUCGGCUCGGCUCGGCUACCUGGGAAUGUACUCCUAACAGCGAACACCAAGAUGAGUAAAACAGCCCAAAGCACCUUCCAUUCGAACAUACCAGAGGCAGCAGAUAUAACUGUUGCCAUUGUAUAUGCCAUAUUUGGAGUUUGCUCCCUCUUUGGUAACAGCACACUGUUGUAUGUGUCAUACAAAAAGAAGAACUUGUUGAAGCCUGCAGAGUUUUUUAUAGUCAAUCUCGCCGUCAGUGACCUGGCUAUGACGGUGACUUUGUACCCACUUGCAAUAUCUUCCAGCAUAUAUCACAGGUGGCUGUUUGGUAAAACCAUAUGCUUCAUUUAUGCAUUCUGUGGAGUUCUGUUUGGAAUUUGCAGUCUUACAACGCUGACUUUACUUAGCACUGUGUGUUGUAUGAAAGUCUGCUAUCCUCUGUAUGGCAACAGAUUUGGUUAUGAACAUGGACGCCUGCUCAUUGGCUGUGCCUGGGCCUAUGCCCUGGUUUUCGCCUGCUCUCCAUUGGUCCACUGGGGAGAAUAUGGCCCAGAGCCCUACGGUACAGCCUGCUGCAUUGACUGGAAGCUGUCCAGCAUGCAGGCUGUGGCCCGCUCCUACACGGUGGCGCUGUUCAUCUUCUGCUUUGCCGUACCUUGCGGCGUCAUUGUCUCCUCCUACACUCAGAUCCUCAUCACCGUGAGGGAGUCCAGGCGAGCUGUGGAGCAGCAUAUCUCCAUGCAGACACGCAUGGGCAAUAUCCAGACCAUCAUUGUGAAGCUCAGCGUUGCCGUGUGCAUCGGCUUCUUCACAGCAUGGACGCCAUACGCCGUGGUCUCCAUGUGGGCGGCAUUCGGCCACAUGGACAACAUCCCCCCACUAGCCUUUGCUGUGCCGGCUAUGUUUGCAAAGUCCUCCACACUUUACAACCCCAUUAUCUAUCUGUUGCUGAAGCCCAAUUUCCGCAACAUCGUCUUCAAGGAUGUGAGGAUGCUACGCAAGCGGUGCCUAAGCCACUGCCUUUGCACCAAGGGGCUGCGCCGUUGCAGUUACAGGUCUGCCAUUGAAGUGGGCCUUAAGACAAUCAAGAGGAAGAAUGAGUCCAGCUCCACAUCCGUGCACACGGGACAGGGCUGCUCCAACUGUGCCUGUGAAAAGUGCAACGACACCUUCGAGUGCUUCCGACACUACCCACGGGGCUGCCAGGUGCAUGUUAACACAGUGCAGCUCUCCCUUCGGGAGACUACCUCAGCGGAGCCAGAGCGGCAAGCCGAGGCAAGGCAGGCCCCUAACACAGCAGUCACCGUUGUAGUGCAUGGGGCCAAGACCACCAACACCGACAGCCUGGAGAUAACCCUUGAGACCCGGCCAGAGCAUGCAAAAAACGGGAGCCCAUAGCACUCCAUCUGUGUUUCCAAGAGUCUCUUUCUUAUUUAUUUCUUCUGCUAACAUAUUUUUUACCUUUGGCGUGAGUUAUUUAAAAGGUGAAUUGAAUGUUGCUAUGUUUUUGAUAUGUUACUACACGCUGAUCAUUGCCAUUGCUAAAACCCCGGGUGCUUAGGCACAAGGGAAAUUACAAUAAGGGAUCCUUCAGUAUCCAUUGCAGAAAUAAGCAGUAAUCAUGAGCUUCAUUAAGAAAGCCAAGACUGAAUUUACCCGUAACAUAAUAUUUCUAAGUUGUUACAGGUGCUUGCUUGUAAAAUUUGUAAAAAUGCAUAUUUUUUAUUCAUGACUUGUCCUGCAUAGGCAGUUAUUUCCUCAUAACUACUCAAACCUUUCACAAGGACAUCACCAACAGGGAAAAGUAAUGGUUUGUAACUUUACUGUACUAAGCAGUGACUACUCUCAGGACUUUAUCAGCAGCAUUUUAAAUGUAUUCCUGAUACCAUUUUUCAUUUAAUUUCAAAGUUAGUUUAGUCAUACAGUUAAGUGCAACUGCUGAAAAGUUACUUAGCUGAAAA